GUUGACUCUGACGAACCUUUUAAUAGCGCAUUUCUGUAUAUUUUUACGUUCUUGAUUUGAUGUAAGUGUGAUAUCCGCCUAUUUUAUAUUUUGCCUAUUGAGGCUUUUCCAUAGUUGUAAGUUGCGUGAGCCCGUGCAUCACAUUAAUCAUUCAUGAUCGGGCAUUUCCUGCCUUCUAUUUUUAGAAAGUGGCAGAAAGCAAAUAAGACAGGCCGACGUCACGGUUUGUCAUGUAUAUUUAAGGACUCUGGUGCACCCUCUUCCUGAAUGUUUCUCACUCCCUCUCUUUCUGUGUAACAUACCCAUCCUCUUCUUCAUAGAUAUGGCCACCCAGCUGCUCCAUCCAUCCCGUUACACCACGUGACCCAGUUCUCCCAUGUCCUUCAGUAUUUCAUUCAGCAUGAUGGCUGCGGAUGCUGCGGAUGCUCUCUGCUGCAUCCUGCAUCCGGGCUGGUUCUCUCUCCUCUUUCUCACCGCCACCCUCUCCUCUCUGCCGGCCCCGACAGCAGCGCUGCUCGGCGUCCGGCCAGAAGACACCCAGAGCGGAGAGCUGUCUGUGCAGGAUGGGAUACUGAGGGCGACCGAGGGAACCCGGUUCAUGCUGAGGGUUUACUACACCGCAUCCCCAGCCACGGAACACCCCAACAGCCUGAACACCAGCGAAAGACCUGACGCCGCUCCUGCCGCCCCGUGGAUCGCGUUUAUAGAGGAACCAGGUGGGAACAGCGCGGACGCUGAGAGGCGGCUCCGGUCCCGGGGGAAUCCAUGCGAAGAGGAGAAUGCCCGGAGCGCUGACAUCGAGUUGCUGGGCUCGUUCAGAUCCAUCUCAAGUCAGAACUCAGUUUUGGUGGAGCUGCUUGCUAAAGACUUGCGCAGAGGCGAGCUGAUCAAAUACUACUCCAUGUGCGCGUUCGAUGGAGUGAAAUGGGAGCAUUUCAGCACCAAAGACUUCUGGUUGGCUGUGGUGGAGAGACCUCCUGAGGCAGACGUUUGGCUCCAGGCGGGUGUCUCUGUGCUCUUAUUGGGACUCUCUGCCCUCUGCAGCGGUCUGAACAUCAGCAUGCUGGCUCUGGACCCCGUAGAGCUGCGGGUCCUGCAGAACAGUGGCACAGAGAAGGAGCAGAAAUACGCGCGGAAAAUCGAGUCAGUGCGUAAACAUGGAAACUACAUUCUGUGCACCGUGGUGCUGGGCAACGUGCUCACAAAUACGUGCUUUGUGGUGUGGAUGUGCCAGAUUUUAGGAAUGACUGCCCUCUCAACCGCCUCGUGUACUUUGGGGAUAUUCUUUAUUGGCGAGAUUUUACCUCACUCCGUCGCGUCCAGGCACAGUCUUGCCAUCGCCUCCAAGACCCUCUGCGCGACCCGCCUGCUGAUGUUGGUGUUUUUCCCCAUCGCCUACCCAGUCUCCAAGAUUCUGGACAUCAUGCUGCACCAGGAGAUUAGCAACUUUUACACCAGGGAGAAGUUGGUGGCCAUGCUGCGCGUCACAGACCCUUACCACGACCUGGUCAAAGAGGAGCUCAACAUCAUCCAGGGAGCCUUGGAGCUGAGGACCAAGACCGUAGAGGAUGUGCUGACCCCGCUGUCAGACUGCUACAUGCUGUCCUCGGACGCCGUGCUGGACUUCUGCACCAUGUCUGACGUGAUGCAGAGCGGCUUCACCCGCAUCCCAGUCUACGAGAACGAGAGGUCCAACAUUGUGGACAUCCUCUUUGUCAAAGACUUGGCCUUUGUGGAUCCUGACGAUUGCACCCCUCUGAAAACAAUUACUCAGUUUUACAAGCAUCCCAUGCACUGCGUGUUCAAUGACACCAAGCUGGACGUGAUGCUGGAGGAAUUCAAGAGAGGUAAGUCCCACCUGGCUGUGGUGCAGAGGGUGAACAGUGAAGGGGAGGGAGACCCCUUCUAUGAAGUGAUGGGCAUCGUCACCCUGGAGGAUGUCAUAGAGGAGAUCAUCAAGUCAGAGAUUGUUGAUGAGACAGACCUAUACACUGACAAUCGGAACAAAAGGCGGGUAUCCAACCAUGAGAGGAAACAGCAGGAUUUUUCUAUCUUCAAACUGGCAGAAAAUGAGCUGAAGGUGAAGAUGUCGCCCCAGUUGUUGCUCGCCACACACCGCUUCUUGGCCACAGAGGUGGAGCCUUUCAGGCCGUGUCACCUGUCUGAGAAAAUCUUGCUGCGUCUCAUCAAACACCCCAGCGUUGUGCAGGAACUCAAGUUCAACCCCAAGAACAAACACUCUCCUCAACACUACCUCUUCCAGAGAAACAAACCUGUAGACUACUUUGUCCUCAUUCUGCAGGGACGGGUGGAGGUAGAGAUAGGAAAAGAGGCUCUCCGCUUUGAAAAUGGAGCGUUUUCCUAUUAUGGCAUGCCAGCACUGAUCCCGCCCCUGCCUAUCGGUCAGAGGUAUAGCUCCCGGGGCAGUGGUCUCAACCAAUCAGAUUUAUUACUCAGUGGAGGCAGCUUGGGUCAGCUCACCACAGGAGGAGGGGCCUACUUACCAGACUAUUCAGUCCGACAGCUCACAGACCUGCAGAUCAUCAAGAUAACCAGGAACCACUACCAGAACGCCCUAACUGCCACCAGGAUGGACAGCUCCCCUCAGACACCGGACCCAGUGGAUCCUGAUGCUAAAGGGAGGCCUCCGGUCCCAGAGGCCCGUUCACACAGCAUUGCCCUCCCCCUCACGCACACACACACUCGGUUGGGGCUGGCACGCCUUGCACAUCUCCAUCCCCACGGUGGCCUACACAACACCUCCCAGCUCAAUGAAAGAAACCGCAUCGUUCGCAGUAAAUCUGAUGGGCAGAGGAGUCCCAACGAUACUGUUUUCCUCCGCAUGGAUGAGAUUCCUUACAUCCACGAGGACAGACCGGAAAAUUAUGGAGAGGAUGAUGUGCCUGCGGAGUCUCAGCCAUCCACCUCCCCCUUCAUCAGCUCUCUGUCUCUGUCCAGCUCUGAGGAGAACAUUGGAAAGAGGCUCUUGCGUAAAUUGAGUAACAAGAGGAGGAAAAAGUCUCGGGAAGGAGAAAAGAGUUUGGAGGAAGGUUCAGAGGAACUGCCAGUGACGAGCUAGCACAGACACACUGAGGAAGAGGGGUGAAGUGUCCGCCUUCUUCCUCCUUAUCUUUUUGUCCUUACUAAAGAGCCACCACUUCAUAGAGUCCCCCUGCCCCACAUGCUCCCACACAGCUCUCACAGGAGACUGAGCCAUGUUCUCUGUUCUAGCCACCAGUAAUACUCAGGUCCACUGGUGCACUCUGUCCCACCUCUGCCUGACUUCACACCCUUAAAGGAACUUUAAAUGGGACAGAUCUGACUAACAUAGUAUUGGAUUUAUCCAGCCUUACACUGGACUGUAUGGAUUUCAGCAGGUUUUCAUCAUGUUUUGUAGUCAACGGUUUUAUAGUAGCUCUAUCUAUAAUGUUAACAUUUAAUUAUGUCAUUGUAGCCAGCAGAACAGCUUGUAAUUUGAUAACAGACUCUACCUGUACUUCUGGACUUUACACAAUCUCUCAGCAAGGUCCUUAGAUAAUAUCUGAGCCGCCUUCGACCUUUUACUUGAUCAAACAAUGAAUACAACUAUAUUUAUUAUGAGGCAGUUCCCACAUACUGAAAAUGUUCUUUGCACAGGGAACUGCCCCAGUUUUGCCAUAAAGGUGCCGCCUAUACUGCCAUCACAACCCGACACACUAGCCAUUGGCUAAUGAGAAAUAAGCCACCAGACAAGAGCACAAUUUUUACACCAGAUUAAAAGAACACAAUUAUGAAAAAAGCCAUAAGUGAAUUCUCAGCUUGAAUGACUACUUUACUGUAUACACUGACCUCUCAGCAAGUCUAGAGGGGUGUGCAUAAUUUUGAAGAUACCUAUGCUACAGAUAAAUAACACAAUUUCUUACCUGAUUUUUUUGUAUGGAAGUGUCCAAAUUACCAAAACUAAUUUAAAGAUAGCAAUAUAAGUCACCUUACACACUGUAAAUGGCUUGAAUUUAUCACCACACACAUACAAUGAAUGUGUGUCCUACAUACAGUCUGUUUCAGUACGUCUUUCCAUUAAAACAUUCCCUUCUCUGUGAAUAUGUAGCUGCAAACACAAAAUUUUAGUGUUUCUAUCAAAAAAAAGCAGUUAUUUGUUUUCUCUUGAUAUUACCACAUUUAAAGGAAUCAUUAGCCCUAUUGUUUGAUAGCACAUCACACCAUCACCUCCCAUAUUAGCCACUUUUCUGUGUGCAGCUCACCUCUCACGGGGUCAGUCACUAAAGCUGCAUACACCAAUUCAAAAUAAGCUAGGGGUUUUGGAUCUUUAGGGUCUAUGGAUCCAAGGGGAUAGCUUGAGUGUUCUUGAGGAAGAGUAGUUGCUGCUUGCAUGUUUGUUUAUACUGCUUUUCCUGUAGAAUUAUCCUGUGUAGAGUGCCACCAUGUGCAUGCUUAAGUAAAGAGAUGCAUGAAUAGGACGAUAACCAACUUACAGUCGCUUCUCCCCACGGAGGUGCAGUGUGCGACUUACUGAAAUCUUAAGCGGCCGUGGAGUUUAAAAUGAACCAGCACCCCGAUGUUUUAACUGCUAAAGUUGAGAAAAGCAACUGCUGCAAUGAAAGACUAGAGAAAUGGCCAAACGUCGCUGUAUCUUGGCUACCGAAGAGGGUGAACGAGGCCAAGGAAUGCUGCUCAUUGAAGGAAAAUGUGAAGCCACGGUGCUAGAAAUAAUCUAUCUAUA